CGUGGUCGGCCGGGCGCCGCUGCAGGCUGGCCCCUUGCGGCUGCCUGCGGGGCGGCGGCGGGCGGACGGCCGGGAUGAUCCGGUUCCGUAGCUCCAGCAUCAGGUCGCUGAGCCAGGAGAUGAAAUGCACCGUGCGGCUGCUGGACGACUCCGACAUCUCCUGCCACAUCCAGAGGGAAACGAAAGGUCAGUUUCUCAUAGAUCACAUCUGCAACUAUUACAGCUUGCUGGAAAAGGAUUAUUUUGGCAUUCGAUAUGUUGACCCUGAGAAGCAGAGGCACUGGCUUGAGCCCAAUAAGUCCAUCUUCAAGCAAAUGAAAUCUCAUCCACCAUAUACCAUGUGCUUUAGAGUGAAAUUCUACCCUCAUGAACCCUUGAAGAUUAAAGAAGAGCUCACCAGAUACCUCUUAUACCUGCAAAUAAAAAGGGAUAUUUUCCAUGGCCGUUUGCUGUGUUCUUUUUCUGAUGCUGCCUACCUGGGUGCCUGUAUAGUCCAAGCUGAACUUGGUGAUUACGAUCCUGAUGAGCACCCAGAGAAUUAUAUGAAUGACUUCAAGAUUUUUCCCAAACAGUCACAUAAGCUUGAGAAGAAAAUAGCUGAAAUACAUAAAACUGAAUUCAGAGGUCAGAGCCCAGCUGUUUCUGAAUUUAAGUUGCUCCUGAAAGCACAUUCAUUAGAAACUUAUGGUGUUGAUCCUCAUCCUUGCAAGGACUCAACAGGAACAACUACGUUUUUAGGAUUCACAGCUGCAGGAUUUGUAGUUUUCCAGGGGAACAAACGAAUUCAUUUAUUAAAAUGGUGUGAUGUCUAUAAGCUGAAAUUUGAAGGGAAGACUUUUUAUGUGUUUGGAGCUCAGAAAGAGAAAAAGGCUGUACUGACAUUCCAUACCUCAACACCAGCAGCCUGCAAGCAUCUUUGGAAAUGCGGGGUGGAGAACCAGGCUUUUUAUAAGUAUGCAAAAUCCAGCCAGAUUAAGACCAUGUCCAGCAGCAAAAUAUUUUUUAAAGGCAGCAGAUUUCGUUACAGUGGAAAAGUAGCCAAAGAGGUGGUGGAGGCAAGCUCUAAAAUCCAGAGGGAACCUCCGGAAGUUCACAGAACCAGCAUUACGCAGAGUCGCAGCUCUCCCUCUCUGAACAAGCAACUCAUAAUUAAUAUGGAACCUUUGCAGCCCCUUAUUCCUUCUCCAUGUGAGGAGGAGGAGGUUCCUUUAGAUGAAGAUAUUCAACUGCCAAAGGAAGAUGAGAUUUCAGUUCCUGUGACUUCCAGCUCCCCAGUUAAGAACACUGGGGACAAUACUGAUCAUGCCAUUGAACAGGAAGAGAAGAUGAAGGAGGAACAUUUAACCAUCUCAGAACUGGUAUACAAUCCCAGUGCCAGCUUGCUGCCCACCCCAGUUGAUGACGAGAUUGACAUGCUCUUUGAUACAUGUCCAAGAGCAGAGAAUGAGAAAGAUGAUACAGAUUCAUUUGAGGAACUGGAAGCAGAUGAAAAUGCUUUUAUGAUUGCAGAAGAAGAAGAGUUGAAAGAAGCUCGAAGAGCGCUUAGUUGGAGCUAUGACUUUCUAGUGGGCAACAUAGAGGUGAAUGCUUUUGUGAAGAGUUUCUCCAGACUUCUCCUUGUAGGCCUUGGACUGUUGUUGCUUGUGUUUCCUCUUCUCCUUGUUCUCUUGGAGUCAGACCUUCAGAUCUCUUUUCUCCACGAAAUCCGUCAGACACCAGAGUUUCAGCAAUUUCAUAUUGAAUAUUACUGCCCACUUAGGCAGUGGGUGGCUUGCAAAGUAAACUUCAUUUAUGAUAUGCUGGGCAGCUUUUAAAUUUUUAAGAAAUAAUCAUACUACUAAGGGCUAUAUUCAAAAUUUCAGUUUGUGACAGCUUUCCAUAACACCCCUGGGGCCAUCAGUAGGUAGCUGUCUUCGUAUUCAUUUACUAUCAUACUUUUUAGGAUCUUAAGUUUCCAUUGCCCACUUAAAUUGCUCCUUUAGUUACAGGCUUAUACAUUCACCUUUCAGUAACUUAAAAGAACCUUUUAAUUGCAUUCAUUUUUUCUGCUCACUUAUUACAUCAUACAAGAUGGAGUAAUUAUAAGUUAAUAUCACCCUUAAUUGUAGAAUCCAUUACAUUAAAUAUAAUGAAACUGAAAGAAAAACCUUUUUGAAUAUACUCCUUAGUGCAGCAAUCUCUUCUAACCAAUGCCUAUGCCUAUACACGCAAUGUUUAUGCUGGGUUUUUGGUUUUGAUUUUUUUUUUUUUUCUGUUUGUUUUUUUUACAAUUUUAUGUGUUUAAAAUAUUUUGGUAAAUUUUUAGCAAAAGAUAACUUCUGAUGUUAUUUAAAUGUACAGAUUAGUAAGAGUAAUGCACAAGAACAUGAAGUUUAUUUUUAAUGUUUUAGCAAUGAUUUGUUUUUGAACUACGGCUGGAGAAUGAAUGAGAUUGAAAUAGCUCUAUAGGAGAGACAGCAGUUUGGGAAACACAUAGAAAGUUCACUCAGGUUCAGUAGGGGCUGCCUGGGGGAGAUUAAACGACGCCAAGUUUUCAGAAGAAUUUCUGAAAGGCAUCGUUGUAAAGCUUAGGAGGAGAGCAGAAUUGAAAAUAAUGAUCCUUCCUGUUAUGUCAGUUUGUCUUACGAUUUAUCAGUGCUUUAGAAAGUCUCCAUACAAUAGUCCAAGUAUGUUUUGGAAGAGAGUGAGUCUUCAGUCUAAAUGUAGAUUAUUGUACAUAACAUGGAGGAAGACAAUAGUAAGUAGGGAAAAAAAGAAAAAAAAAAAGAAAAACAGCCAAAACCCUACCUAAAUCAGUAGAUGCGUGACCUACUUUUAAAAAUGAUAGAGAAGAAACAUAUAUGCAUUUUAAAAAGCAAAGCUUUAGACUGUACAGUUGACCUGAAAGUAUUCUACUGACUCACAGUUAAAGGAUUAAAUGCUUUAUGAGAUGCAACUUUAUCCUUGAUGCCCUCUAUUACUAAUCUCUGAGACAACAUAUUUUCUGUGUGUACUGAUACGCUUCCUUUUACAUAUAGCAGCAUACCUACCCUCUUUCCCUAUUAGUAUAAGCCCAGUUGCAGGACUUAAUGCUGUUUCAUGUAAGAUGAAUUUGUAUAUCUAGUUAUUCCAGUAUUGCUUACAGAACAUACUUCAGUAAAAUCUUGUCAAUCACUGAGAGCAUCUGAAGGCCCUCAGAUGUAGCAGAGAGGUUCUAUCUAAGAAGAGAAAGCUUUUAUUGUUUUUUUUUCCCCUGAUUGCAGAGCAGAUGUAUUUCAUCUUUAAAGUUGAGGGAACUCUGAUUUCAACCUCAGAGUCUUUCUCUUGCUUAGAGAUUUACAAACAGAAGGCAUAUGUGAGACUGUUUUAUUAAGAUAUACAUUUUAAUAUAUUGCAAUCACAGCUCUUAAUUCCUACGAAAUAAACUCCUGUAUUUUUGAUGUCAGAGAAUUGGCUUGGCUUUCUCAUUCAAGCCUUUACAAGUGUCUAGUUUGAAAGUGGCGAUUUCCUUACAAAAUUUCUCCUUUCCUUUCUAAACUUCUCCAGUUUUUAAAGGAUUAGACAGUUACAGGAUUCAGGAAUUCCUUUUCUCAGUGGAAAGCUUUCUGAUUGCUAUUAAUUGCUCAAGCAACAAAGGCUAAAGUGAACUGCCUUUUUCUCUUGACUUCUUCCCUGACAAUCUGCUCCACAGAAGAAUCAUUAUUGAUUAGUUACGUGAUAAGGAUUUCAUCUUGUGCUAUUGUAGCUAAAUGAUCCUUUCCUAUGAGGUAUAAUAAUCAUUCAGCCUAGUAGAAAUGGAGAGUAAACUAAAGUAGAUAUUGGGUCUUAGCAGGAAAUAAUUUAUUGAUGCUGUUUUGAAAAAACGGUGUCAGAAAAGGUGUUGUGUGUGGUAAAAACUGUGAAAGCUGGUGUCCUGCUGGGCUACAGAGACAAGAUUCCAUGCAGGCUCCUGUUUAAGUCUGACAAUUGCAUUUAAACAAAAAAUAAAUAAAAUCUUAUGCUCUAAAAUAUAAUCUUGUCCCUGUAAACUAUAGCACACAACAAGUGGGAGUAUUGUUUUGCUUGAUUUAACUCUAUCAGAAAAUGAUCGAGUUGCAUGAGAAAGUAAUCUCAGAGAAUGUGCAGUGUAGUGAGGUCUUACGUAGGGUUAAACGCGAAAGUAUACAGGCACAUGUACUGACCUUUGCCACCUCUGUGCAUACAUCCAGCCCUGGCCUUCUAAAAAUCUUCCUUUUCUUUCUAUUAUUCUCUAGACCAUCAGCAUAAUUCAAAUGAAAGUCAGAAGUCUUCUAAUGUUAAAGGCCAGGAACACCUAAUGUGCUCAGAAGCAUAUAGUGGGGAUACUCAGACAGAGUAGCAGUAUAGUAUUUAAUUGGUGAGGAUGACAGUUGGAUCACAGAGUAUCUAUAGGUACGGUAUUGUGCAUUUCUGUCUGUGCUUGGGUUAUAUUGUAAAAUGUUACGUACUUGAAAUCUAUUUUGUGGUUUGUCUAACAUUUAUAAACACAACUCUGGGAAGAAUUAAAUAUGGUUUUAUUUCAUUGGAGACUGGGGGGAUAAUAUAUCUGUAACUCGAGCCUUAUCUUUGUACAGUGAAUUUCACAUUUCUAUGUCAACAUCCUGAUUGUUUUGUAUGUUGAUAUGAUGGCAGGAAUCCCUAAUAAAAAUACACUGGAGAAAAAC